UAUGCCUUCACAUUUCGGUGUUUAGUCCCAAAGAAGCACCUAUCUUGAGAGAUACAAAGAAAGAAAGAUGGGACUGAUUUCAAACAAGAUUCAUAGGGGCAACCUCCAGCCAGGAGAUCACAUCUACAGCUUCAGAAAAUGGAAGUCAUACUCCCACCAUGGAAUAUUUGUGGAGUCAGAUAAGGUGAUCCACUACACCAAAACCAGAAAAGAGGAACCAGCAAAUAAACUGAGACGAAGGCCUGCUUGCAAAAAAUGUGGUUUCGACCGAAAAGUUCAUCGAGGAGUAGUCAUAUCUUGCCUUGAUUGCUUUCUUUCAGGCUACGAGCUUUAUCGGUUUGAUUAUGAAGUCCCCUAUCACCAUUUCCUCUUCAAGAGGUCAGGAACUUGCAGCACCGGAAGCUGUGAUGACCCUGCUGCAGUUAUAAGCCGUGCCACGGCCUUGCUCAACAGCCAAGAUGGUUUUGGUGAUUACAACCUUCUCGAAAACAAUUGCGAAUGCUUUGCGAUUUACUGCAAAACAGGGAAGCAUAUGAGCGAGCAGGCAUGUUCUGCCAAACUUACUAUUAGAGCUGUUGCCCAAGCUAUCUUGGAUCAAAACUCUGGUAGGCUUCUUGAAGAUGUGAGAGUUCAUGACCCGGACAAUUACAUGAACCUGAAGGAGAAGAUUGACAAGUUGAUUCCGUUGCCGUUAAACGAAAUCAUUGCCAUUCUCGGAAAGCUUAAUGAAAAUGAGGAAGACGUUGAGGAAUUAGAGACAAUGGAGAAGUAGGAUGACUUGGUUUAAGAGACCUGAGUUGAGUUCGGUAAAGGGGAGGUAUACUCACCACCCACCAGUCACCACCAGAGGAAAACUACUGUGUUGUAUUCUUAAUAAACAUUAAUGUAUUAAACAUUGUUGGUAUUCUCCGA